AUGGCAAACACAAUAUUAUUUAUCGGUGAUAGCAAAGUUGAUUUUCGCUGUUUCUUGCUAUCGGAUACUCUCCUUCUCUCUCUCUCUCUCUCUCUCUCUAUCUGCUUCUCUUUUUCUUUUCUCUCUCUCUCUCUAUCUGCUUCUCUUUUUCUUCUCUCUCUCUCUCUCUCUCUCUAUCUGCUUCUCUUUUUCUUUUCUCUCUCUCUCUCUAUAUCUGCUUCUCUUUUUCUUUUCUCUCUCUCUCUCUCUAUCUGCUUCUCUUUUUUUUCUCUCUCUCUCUCUAUCUGCUUCUCUUUUUCUUUUCUCUCUCUCUCUCUCUAUCUACUUCUCUUUUCUUUUUUCUCUCUCUCUCUAUCUGCUUCUCUUUUUCUUUUUUCUCUUCUCUCUCUCUCUCUCUCUUCUUUUCUUUCUCUCUCUCUCUUCUCUUCUCUUUUUUUCUCUCUCUCUGCUUCUCUUUUUUCUCUCUCUCUCUUCUUUCUUUUCUUUUCUCUCUCUCUCUAUCUGCUUCUCUUUUCUUCUCUUUUCUCUUUCUCUCUUUCUCUCUCUCUCUCUCUAUCUGCUUCUCUUUUUCUUUUCUCUCUCUCUCUCUCUCUCUCUGCUUCUCUUUUUUUCUCUUUCUUUUCUCUCUCUCUCUAUCUGCUUCUCUUUUUCUUUUCUCUCUCUCUCUCUAUAUCUCUUCUCUUUUCUUUUCUCUCUCUCUCUAUCUGCUUCUCUUUUUCUUCUUCUCUCUCUCUCUAUCUGCUUCUCUUUUCUUUUUCUCUCUCUCUCUCUAUCUGCUUCUCUUUUCUUUUCUCUCUCUCUCUCUCUCUUUCUUUUCUUCUCUCUUUUCAUUUCUUCUCUCUUUCUCUAUCUGCUCUCUUUUCUUUUUCUCUCUCUCUCUCUCUCUCUCUCUUCUGCUUCUCUUUUCUCUCUCUCUCUCUCUCUAUCUGCUUCUCUUUUUCUUUUCUCUCUCUCUCUCUAUCUGCUUCUCUUUUUCUUUCUCUCUCUCUCUCUCUUCUUUUCUCUCUUCUCUUUUUCUUUUCUCUCUCUCUCUAUCUGCUUCUCUUUUCUCUUUUUCUCUCUCUCUCUCUCUCUUUUCUCUCUCUCUCUCUCUAUCUUUCUCUUUUUUUCUCUCUCUCUCUCUCUAUCUGCUUCUUUUCUCUUUUCUCUCUCUCUCUCUCUCUUCUCUCUUCUCUUUUUCUCUCUCUCUCUCUCUCUCUAUCUCUUCUCUUUUCUUUUCUCUCUCUCUCUCUCUAUCUCUUUCUCUUUUCUUUUCUCUCUCUCUCUCUCUAUCUGCUUCUCUUUUCUUUUUUCUCUCUCUCUCUCUCUCUCUCUUCUUCUCUCUCUCUCUCUAUCUGCUUUUCUUUUUCUUUCUCUCUCUCUCUCUAUCUGCUUCUCUUUUUUCUUUUUCUCUCUCUCUCUAUCUGCUUCUCUUUUCUUUUCUCUCUCUCUCUCUCUCUCUCUCUCUUCUCCUUCUCUUUGUUUUUUUCUUUUCUCUUUCUUCCUUCGUCUCUCUGUUUGAUACCAUGUUUCUAUUUCUCUUUUCUUCUCUUUUUCUUUAUUAUCUGCUUCUUCCCCCUUUUCUUCUUUAUUCUCCUCUCUUUUCUCUAUAAAUAUAUUCUCUCCCUCCAUCUCGAUUUUUUCUCUUUUUCUUCAUUCUCUUUUCUCUUUCUCUCUCUCUCUCUCUCAUCACACACACACCCUCCACGUAUUUUCAUUUUCGUCCAUUUUUUGAUCUUUCUUUCCUUUUUACUCUCUUUUCUUUUCUCUCUCUCUCUCUCUCUCUCUCUCUCUUUUCUCUUUUGCUUCUCUUUCUCUCUCUCUCUCUCUCUUCUUCUCUUUUCUUCUCUCUCUCUCUCUCUCUCUUCUCUUUUUCGUAUUUUUCGUCCAUUUUUUACCACCUUUUCUUUCUUUCUUUCUCUUUUCUUUUCUCUCUCUCUCUCUCUCUCUCUCUCUCUCUUUCUCUUUAUCUGCUUCUCUUUUUUUUCUCUCUCUCUAUCCUUCUCUUUUUUUUCUCUCUCUCUCUCUAUCUGCUUCUCUUUCUCUCUCUCUCUCUCUCUCUUUUCUUUUUCUUUUCUCUCUCUCUCUCUCUCUCUCUCUGCUUCUCUUUUUUUUUUUCUUUCUCUCUCUCUCUCUUUUUCUUUUCUCUCUCUCUCUCUUCUCUUUCUUUUCUUUUUUUUCUCUCUCUCUCUAUCUGCUUCUCUUUUCUUUUUCUCUCUCUCUCUCUCUAUCUCAUCUCUUUUCUUUUCUCUCUCUCUCUCUCUCCCGCUCUUGUUCUCCUUCACCUACUUUGUUUUCUUCUAUUCUCUCACAACGUCUAGCUUUCUUCCCUUCGUCGACUCUCCUUGUUUGAUACCAUGUUUCUAUUUCUCCCGUUCGCUUGCCCUCCUCUUCUUUCUUUAUUCCCCUGCUUCUUCCCCCUUUCUCUCUUUAUUCUUAUCCCUUCUCUUUUUCUUUCUAUAA